GUUUCCACGAGUGUUUAAUCGCUCCUCCAAGUCCAGAAACCGCCGGUACUACUAUUUCUGUCGCUUCUAGCUCCGACUCGUGGCUUGAGGCUUGGUCGGCAGCCCCCGUUCUUGGGAAUGCCUUACACGCCCCCGUCUCAUCGUUCCCCCGCCUCCUCCGCUCCUUCCUCACCCGACAUCAGUCGAAGAUCCUCUUUCAACUCCCCGAGCUCAAAUUCGCCGAGGCCUGCCUUGCCGCGAUCUGCUUCCUACCUCUCCAGACACCGACGCACGUCUUCCAGUGGCAGUAUAGCCUCUAUCGCGUCUCCUACCACCGCCGAUGGCCCGACACCCGAUAUAACCCCUCCGGGGACGUCGGAUAAUCUGAAGGGUAUGGUAGCUUCCCACGCAACGCCGAUCAGGCAAUCGCCGCCUCCAGUGGCCGAUGCGGGAGUUAUGCCUCCAGGAGCUUUGAUCUCGCCCCCUGACUCGUCUAGUGAAGAUGAAGGGGCUGGCGAGUUAGAGGAGCGGGGAAGGCAAAUCGAAAACAUAAAAGAGCUAAAGGAGGCUAUCAGCUCAAUACCGCAGCAUCGCGCAGCCUCGCCGGUCCGAUCGUCGCCGGGCGAUAUCUUGUUGUUACCAGGGCAGGCUAAGAGUCUGGCUGGAGAAUCGCGACAAGCAUUGCUAACCGCCAGCCUACCUGCUUUAAGCACCGGAGCCCGCAAGAUAUCUCACUCGAGGUCAAACACGGAUUCUCAUAUUUACAUGUCAAAAUCAGCAGAGGCGUCAAUAACCACGUCGGAGGAAGGGUCUGAGCAAGAUGAACCCCCGAGGAAGCCGCAAAUGGUACGGAAGAAGUCGGGAGAACUAGUCCGGCCAGCAUUACGAGGGCAAAGGAGACCGUCGAGCAUGCCCGGAACGCCGACUUUUUCCAAGGCUGUCCAUUUCGAUUCGCAUCUCGAACACGUACGGCAUUUCCUCCAAGUCGAUCGACCUCUUGCCGUCAGCGCCGGUACUUCCCCAGCGGAUAACUACGAGAGCGAUAAUGAGUAUCCGUUCGGAGCGAACGGAAAGGCCGUCCCGCGGUCGCCGCCUUUUGAAUGGGAAUUGGUUGCUAAUAAUUUCCCCGCCGAGACGCCGAUACGCAAAGCCCUUCCCGUCCGAUUAGAGAGGGUAUGGAUGUCGCCCGAUCAGAAAUGCUUAAUAGGGUCGAUAGCCGUAGCCAACCUGGCCUUCCAGAAGUCCGUGGUAUGCAGGUUUACGUUUGACUACUGGAAAACGACUUCUGAGGUCGCUGCCGAGUACCAUCACGAGAUCCGACCUCAAGGGACCGAAACCGGUUUCGAUCGUUUCCAAUUCAGCCUCAAAUUGUCCGACUUUGCGAAUCUCGAAGCCAAGACUUUGUUCUUUUGCAUUCGAUAUAACGUCAACGGCCUCGAAUACUGGGACAACAACGAUCACAUCAACUUCCAAGUUGACUUCCGAAAGAAGAUGUUACCUUUCAACGGCGGAAAGGGCGUUCAGGGUACAUCUUCUCGACCUGCCAACGGACUACCGCGUAGCACACGUCGGGCGAAUCCCUCGACGGCCGCGCGCCCGAGGUCUAUGCCCGUUGGUGCGUUGGAUGAUUUUGGACACGAUUCGAAAUUUGCCAAUUUCGAUCAACCUCUUCACGAAGUUCUUGGGGAGUCCGGCCCGGCUGGUCUACGUCUUAAGAGUUCAAGGUCUACAACCAGCCUGCCGAGUGACAACUUAUCGAACCGGUUAUCGGCCCCGAGUGGUCAAGCUUUUGCCAAUCGGUAUGACUUCGGAGCCUCGCUUAGCGCAGCCAAGCAGGCCCAACGAGGGUCAAGCCCACGUAGCGACGGCCUGUACAUGAAGCCCAAUAAGAAGGCUUCGUUCACCACCGUCCCCGUGCCUCAACCAUCGGAAGUUUCGGAGGCUACCUCGAAUUCUUCCGUGCCUUCCGUAUCAUUCACUCCCACAUCGGGAUCGCAGACUUCUAGUUCUACGAUUCCCGGAACCAGUUCUCCUUCUUCGGCUAGCAUAGCGUCGGCUUCGUACGAAGAGAUCCUCAACAAAUAUUGCUUUUUCAACGGUUCAAAGCAAUCUAGCCCCCAGAUGAAGGAAGGAACCUUGCGCAGCGGACGAUACGACGGCGUCGACGAUGUUUUAACGCAGGGAACGAACAGUACCGAUUCGAGUUCGAACGGCAGUCCAAACAUGGCCGAUCAAUCAUACCCUUUCCAUCACAGCAGCGCGAUACAUCAUUCUUUACGACAAAAUCUCAACCCGUAUUUCGGAAACGGGUAUAUACCAGCGAUAGGCGCUUCUCCGGCGGAGUCACCGCUGUCGCCGCAUUCCCUCAGUCCAAAUAGCUCUAGUACCCCAACGGGUAGAUCGACGUCCCCGGGCUCGAUGUCUAGCUUUCUUCCUCUUGCUGGUACGUCAUCCAUUGGGUCCCCUGUCGAUCCACUUCCAUUUCACGCCCAAUGUUUUCAAGAUCGUUUUCCGUUCGCAUCAGAUGCUUAUAAUGCGACAGCGAUAAGAGGUUGAGCAUCUCGGCCGAAAUGUGACGGAGUCUUAUCUCGUCCGGCCGUGUCCUUCGGGUCCCCGGACAUCACCAUGACCAGCGGACUUCCCCACCCUACACGAGCACUUGC